AUGACCGAAGCUCAGCCCCCCAACGUCGUCGAGGGCGCCACAACAGGCGACUUUGAAGACGAGCAGUCCCAGAAGCCCUCCUCCGCCGAAGACCGCAAGGCCGCUUCGGCCCUCGCCUCGCUCGACGCCGCCGCUCCCAACGAUACGGACAAAGCCGCGCAGAACAUCGACCAGGCCGCUGUCAACAAGGCCAUGGGCGGUGCCGGCGGUGGUGCCGGCGGCGGCGCCUCCCACGAGACCGCGGCCGCCGCCCCAAAGAAGAGCGUCAAGGUCGACGCCGCCGACGUCUCGCUGCUCGUCGACCAGCUCCUUCUCGCCAAGCCCAAGGCUACAGAGCUCCUCAAGGCCCACGACGGGGAUGCCGUAAAGGCCAUGAGGGCCUAUGUCGCAGCGUAG